AUGUCUUCCAUUCUACCUAUAGUGAUCUGCGUAGUUAUGUUGUUUUGGGGCAACUCAGACGCUCAAUUAUGUCCCACAUUUUAUGCUACCACUUGCCCGAAUGUGUCGAGCAUUGUACAAGGCGUGGUACAGCAAGCUGCGCUAAAAGAUGUCCGGAUUGGAGCCAAGCUCGUUCGCAUGCACUUCCACGAUUGCUUUGUCGAUGGCUGCGAUGGCUCUAUUCUGCUGGACGAUGCGAAUGGCAUAGAUAGCGAGAAAGAUGAAAGCCCUAAUGUAUCCGUAGAAGGUUUUGAUGUCGUUGAUGACAUUAAAACAGCAGUGGAGAAUGUUUGCCCUGGCGUUGUCUCCUGCGCAGAUAUAUUAGCCCUUGCAUCUGAAAUAUCGGUUUCCUUGGGAGGAGGUCCAACAUGGCAAGUGCCACUUGGAAGAAGGGAUAGUAGGACUGCGAACGCAUCAAGAACUACCGAUCUCCCUGGUCCUUUUGAAGACUUGGGACAAAUUACAAGCAAGUUCUCGGACAAGGGACUUGAUUCCACCGAUCUAGUUGCUUUAUCUGGUGCACAUACAUUUGGGAGGGCUCAGUGCCAGUCUUUCAGCCGGAGACUCUUCAAUUUCAGUAAUGAAAACCCAGACCCAUCCUUAGACACAACAUACUUACAGACACUUCGGCAAGCAUGUCCUCAAGGAGGAAAUCCAGCUAGAUUGAACAAUCUUGAUCCUACAACCCCUGAUGAUUUUGACAAUAACUACUUCAAAAAUCUCCAAAACAAUCGUGGCCUUCUUCAAACUGAUCAAAUACUGUUCUCUAAUGGUGGGGCUGAUACUGUUGCCAUCGUCAACCUGUUUGCUAACAGCCAAACCAGUUUCUUUGACAGCUUUGCUUGGUCUAUGAUAAAAAUGGGAAAUAUAAGUCCAUUGACAGGAAGCAAUGGAGAGAUCAGAGCCGACUGCAAGAGGGUCAAUUAG